AUGGCAACAAACAGGUUUAUAUGUGAAGUGUGCAACAAAGGGUUCCAAAGGGAGCAAAACCUACAGCUUCACAGAAGAGGACACAACCUGCCAUGGAAGCUAAAGCAGAAGACUAAUAAAGAGCCAAAGAGAAAGGUUUAUCUGUGUCCUGAGCCCACAUGUGUUCACCAUGAUCCUUCAAGGGCUCUUGGAGACCUCACUGGUAUCAAGAAACACUACUCUCGCAAACAUGGUGAGAAGAAGUGGAAGUGUGACAAGUGCUCCAAGAAGUAUGCUGUUCAAUCAGAUUGGAAAGCACACUCCAAAACCUGUGGCACCAGAGAGUAUAGAUGUGACUGUGGCACCCUCUUCUCAAGACGGGACAGCUUCAUCACUCACAGAGCCUUUUGUGAUGCAUUGGCACAAGAAAGUGCAAGAGAGCCACCCAACUUGAGCAAUGCCAUUGGCAACCAACUUUAUGGAAACAGUAGCAACAUGUCCUUAGGCUUAUCUCAGAAUAUGGGUUCUCAGAUCCCUUCAAUCCAUGACCAAAAUUCCCAAUCUAGUGAACUAUUGCGUUUUGGGGGUGCACCAAGGACUGGUCAAUUUGAUCACAUUCUCCCACCAAACAUUGCCUCACCCUUCAGACCCUCCUCGCACCAAACCAUGCAAAUGCAAACCCCUCCGUUCUUCAUGCCAGAAUCAAACCAAAACCAGAACUACCAUGAUCAUCAACAAGGGUUAAUCUCAAACAAGCCAUUCCAAGGACUGAUACAAUUAUCUGACCUCAACAACAGCAACCCUUCUGGCUCCAACCUCUUCAACCUUCCCUUUCUAUCCAACCGAGGCCACACCACCACCAACAACUAUUCUGAUGAACAGCACUUUAACACCAAUGAAGGGUCAAACUUCUUCUCAGAAGGUACCAUAAUUGGCACUGAUCACCAAGCAAGCUCCGCCGCUGCCCCUUCUCUCUUCAGCACCUCUCUUCAAAACAGCACCAACAUGUCUCACAUGUCAGCUACUGCACUGCUCCAAAAAGCAGCUCAAAUGGGUGCUGCAAGUUCCAGCAACAACAACAACACAAGCGCCUCCUCUAUUCUCAGAAGCUUGGCAUCCAAAUCUGAUCACAGGCCACUGAUCAGUCCUGCAAACUACAGCAGCAUCUUGAACUCCAGCGUGCAAGAGAUGAUGAACCUUCCCGGGUUCGAAGCAUAUGAUCAUGGCAUGAACAAGGAACCAAAACUCAGCGUUGGAGCCUCUGAUAGGCUCACAAGGGAUUUUCUAGGAGUUGCACAGCAACAACAACAACAACGAGGGUUUAACUUGAGUUCUUUGGAAGCAGAGACAAAUAAUGCUGCGCCGCCAAGUCAAUCUUUCGGAGGUGGAGGAAACUUUCAGUGA